GGCAUUGAAUUUUGUUGUUAUGAUAUGAUUUGAUGUUUUGAGCGCUCAUUUAGUUUUUUUUUUGAGGAUAAAUAUCGCCUUAAAAAAUCUCUGGUCAGACACACAAACACAAACACACACACAAUAUGUCCAAAACAGAAGUGAAGACAGAAAACAAUCAUAUCAUUCAUAAAGACGACAAAUCUGUGAAUAAUAAUAAUAAUACUAAUAAUAGUAAUAAUAAUAUUAUUAAUGAUAAGCUAUCCAUUUGUGAUGCCGUCUCUCGAGUGCUUAAGGGAUACGACUGGACACUAGUGACCACCACUACAAAGCCGAGCUCAGCCAGCAAACAGAAAAUUCAUGUAAAACGGCCGAUGAAUGCAUUUAUGGUUUGGGCUCAGGCAGCCCGGCGGAGACUGGCCGACCAGCACCCGCACCUACACAAUGCCGAACUAAGCAAAACACUGGGACAGCUAUGGAGAGUGUUGGGCGACGAGGACAAGAAGCCCUUUGUCGAAGAGGCAGAAAAGCUACGACUGGUCCAUAAGCGCCAACACCCGGACUAUAAAUAUCAACCACGAAGACGAAAGAGCAACAAGAGUUGCGAAUCAGCGGAACCACUAAUCAAAGGCAAAACAACAAAAAGCAUAAAACAAUCGCAAACAAAUAAAAAUAAAAAAGAUACACAAAAUGAGACCAAAAGUAGUCUCAAACAGAACCGUAAGGCCGCCGCCGCCGCUGCCGCCGCCGUAAGUCAUCAAACAAAUGUUAUUAUGAGCUCAGGAAAUGGCAAUAAUCCUAACACCGGUGCCCUAACAUUGACGCCACCGCACACUCCUUCCAAUGAUAUGAGUUGUUUGCAGCGCAAGAGGGAAACGGGAGACACAAAAAUAGGUACAGCCUCCGAGUCGCCGCCAAAUGUGACAACACAUCAUCAGCAUCAUCACCAUCACCACCAGCACAGUCAACAUCAACAUAUUCCUAUACAUCACCAGACAAUGGCCGGUGCUGCUGGUGGUGGUGGUGGUGGACCUCCCGGUUCCCAUUCUAUUGACUUUAGUCACGUAGACGUCGGCAAUCUGACUACCGAAGUGAUGACCAGCAUCGACGAAACAGAACUGGACCAAUACUUGCCGCUGAUGAACGUGGCGUCAUCUGCACAAUACGCCAAUGCCGUCAUGGACUCGGCGGCGGCCAACAAUUCGCCGGUCAAUGCAAUGUAUGCGUGGUCGACAAAAUUUUUGACAUCCCAUCAAAACAAUAAUAGUACAAACAAUACUAACAAUGCCAACAACAAAUCCCAAACCACGGCCGCCGGCAAACCAAUCGGCGGCGGCGACACAUUAGCCGACGGCGGCAGCGGCUAUGAUAGUCCACAUCAUUCGGUGUAUAACCGGAACAUUGUUGGCGCACCCGGUGUAGACCAUCAACAGAUGACCGCAUACGACCACUGUGUAGGUGUAAACCCAUUAUAUCCGACAUACUCGAGCUAUACACUGGCCAAUCACGGCUCAUAUGGUACCAGUUUUUUGCAAUGGCCUUACAGUUGAAUAACUGAAAACUUUUUUUGUGUAUGAAUACAGUAUAAUCCCUUCCCUCCCCC